AGGAGAGAGAGAAAUCGUCCGUCUUGCGAGCCGUCAUGGCUGAUUCAUCGUGAGGGACUCUUCCAAGAGUACGAUAACAAAUGACAUUAUAAUUGAAUCACAAAGCGUAGAAAGUACAGUGCAUGGAGAUAUUUUUAAAUCAAAAGGCUAAUCUCGAUGUGGAGACUCUACGAAGAAACGUGAUAAACGGCGUUUUUGCGUGCGUGUAACUCCCCUGUGGAACGAUGAACGGGUUAAAUUUUAGUGAAUUGUGUUACUUGUUUUGCUGUCCACCUUGCCCGUCCAGAAUCGCUGCAAAACUAGCGUUUCUACCUCCUGAGGCUACCUAUGCAUUUAUUGAAGAUGAAGGUUCGAAGAUUACAAUUUCUUUAUCUGAAAGAGCAGAAUGGCAAUACACGGAAAGGGAGAAAGAGUCGGUGGAAGGUUUCUAUGCAAGAACGUCACGAGGGAAUAGAAUAGCCUGUUUGUUUGUGCGGUGUUCAGCUACUGCACGUUUUACGAUUUUAUAUUCUCAUGGUAAUGCAAUUGAUCUUGGACAGAUGUCUAGUUUUUAUUUGGGACUGGGGUCGAGAAUAAAUUGUAACAUAUUCAGUUAUGAUUAUUCGGGUUAUGGAGUUUCUGGUGGUAAACCAUCAGAAAAGAAUCUUUAUGCGGAUAUAGAUGCUGCGUGGCAUGCUCUUAGAACACGUUACGGUAUUAGCCCGGAAAACAUUAUUCUGUAUGGUCAAAGCAUUGGGACUGUACCCACAGUUGAUCUGGCCGCGCGAUAUGAGGUUGGCGCAGUUGUUCUGCAUUCACCUUUAAUGUCGGGAGGAGUACGAGUUGCCUUCCCUACGAUCAAAAGAACUUGGUUCUUUGACGCCUUUACUAGUAUAGAUAAAGUACCAAAAGUGACAUCUCCUGUUUUGGUAAUUCAUGGAACCGAAGAUGAUGUAAUAGAUUUCAACCAUGGUUUGGCAAUAUAUGAGAGGUGUCCAAGAGCAGUAGAACCAUUAUGGGUUGAGGGUGCUGGUCAUAAUGAUGUAGAAUUGUACGAUGAAUACUUGGAGCGAUUGAAGCAAUUUGUAAAUGUUGAACUGAUAAACUGACGGCGACUAAGCCUCUCCCAGAAUCAGGGGGGGCAGGGUGGAGGACAUACACAUGUGAGCAGUCAAGGACACACCACUUCUAACAAUUCGAAUACUACCAGCUCUAUUUCAACAAGCUCACAAACUGAAAAGCUUGUCUAGCAAAC